UUCUCAUGCGCGUCAUGACGGCUACCCGGAACACAUAGAGAUUGGAAGCCACGUUGACAACGAAGUGGUGUUUUGUUUCAUUCCAAAACCGGUGAAAUAACGGUAACUGCACCGGUGUGUCUGUCCAGCGGCCAAAGGGGUUGAACAUCGUACAGAAGGAUCUGGGCUUUGCAGGACAAGCCACUUCACCAGAAAGAUGAGUGUAGGAUUCAUCGGAGCCGGCCAGCUGGCUCACGCGCUGGUGAAAGGGUUCACAUCUGCGGGUGUAAUAGCUACUCAGAGAAUCAUAGCCAGUUCUCCAGAUACUGAUCUGCCUACUGUUGCUGGCCUGAGGAAAAUGGGUGCCAUCCUCACCACCAGUAACAAGGAGGUGGUGAACAAGAGUGAUGUCCUGUUCCUGGCAGUCAAACCCCACAUCAUCCCCUUUGUGCUGGAUGAGAUUGGACCAGACAUAGAGGACAGACACCUUAUAGUGUCCUGUGCUGCAGGAGUCACCAUCAGCUCUAUAGAGAAGAAGCUGCUUCAGUACCGUCCGUUCCCCAAGGUGAUGAGGUGUAUGACCAACACCCCCGUCGUGGUGAGAGAGGGAGCUACAGUCUACGCUACAGGAACACAUGCUGAGGUGGAGGAUGGUAAGUUGUUGGAACAGCUGAUGGCCAGUGUUGGGUUCUGUACAGAGGUGGAGGAGGACCUUAUCGAUGCCGUCACCGGCCUCAGUGGCAGCGGCCCCGCCUACGCGUUCACAGCUCUGGAUGCCCUAGCCGAUGGAGGGGUGAAGAUGGGUCUACCCAGGAGACUAGCGGUCAGACUGGGAGCUCAGGCACUACUGGGAGCAGCUAAGAUGUUGUUGGACUCUGAGCUGCACCCUGGCCAGCUGAAGGACAACGUGUGUUCCCCUGGGGGAGCCACCAUCCACGCCCUGCACGUGAUGGAGAGUGGCGGAUUCCGCAGUCUGCUCAUCAACGCCGUGGAGGCUUCUUGUAUCAGGACACGGGAGCUGCAGUUCCUAGCGGACCAGGAGCGCAUCUCCCCGGCAGCCAUUAAGAAGACCACCCUGGACAAGGUCCUGCAGCAGCCUGGGGUCAGCCAGGGGUCAGGGGUCAACGGCAAGCCAGGACUCAGCCUCAGGAGAAACCCCCCAGGACCUGUCAAGAAGAACAACUGAGAUGGAGACACACACACACCACCUAUAACACCAGGACUCAGCGUCAGGAGAAACCCCCCAGGACCUGUCAAGAAGAACAACUGAGAUGGAGACACACACAUACACACACCACCUAUAACACCAGGACUCAGCGUCAGGAGAAACCCCCCCUGGACCUGUCAAGAAGAACAGCGAUGGAUGAACACACACAUACACUCUCUCUCUCACAACAUUUGGAAAUGCAGCUUGCACAGACCCAUAGCCUUGUCUGACAGGGAGUCCGUGUUCACACACGUGAACAGAAAUGCAUGUACAACAUGCCGCCUGUCUACCUUGUCUGCAGUCUGUCUGAGGAUGUGUGUCUCCGCGGUGAUAACGACCCAAUGGGGCAAAACAUCAGUGAAUAUUUCAGAUAGAAAUGCAAUGCAUAGAGCUGACAUGAUUCCUUAUUCUGCAUGACAGAGGAAUGCAUAGAAUCUGUUCUUUGCAAUUCAUUUAUUUCUGAGCGUUUUCUUUUUAAUGUUGCCCCUGCAGCCGAAGCAGGCAACAGAUGGCUUCAGUGAUGGCUUUUUUUGCCUGAUGACUCAAACUGAAUUCUUCCCACUGCUCUGUUCACUGCACACGUUGAAGUUGUUUGUGGUGAUGUCACAAUGAGGGAUGUUGAUCCAAAUCCUGAGGACUUUUGUACAUCUCGAACCAAUCAGAGCAUCAAAGCCAAUGACACAUUUUUUUUUAAAUGCCUCUUUACUCACGUGUGCUUUGGUUCUGGCCCAACCCAUUGGUUUCUGGGACCAAUCGGAACCUUUGUGUUUGUGUUCAGGAAAACCGUCAGGGGCGGGAUACUCAGAUCUAGACUCAUUGCGGAGAAUUAAUGCUAGUGGUCUAGCAUUUUCACGGGAGCAAGGCGUUUGGGUACCUAGGCAAGCCAUUUCUAAGGUAGUGUCCCAAAUUGCACCCUAUUCUCCCCCUCCCAAAUAGGGGUCAAAGGUAGUGCACUAUAAAGGAAAUAGGCUGCCAUUUGGGAUUUACACCAAGUGUACUAUACAGACAGUUACAAUGUAUUUUUAUGAGGCCAGAUCACGCCAUGAAAACCCUUUUAUUUA